AUGUCUGAUCCGGCCUUUGCGUCCAUCAAAUCGAGUCCUACCCACCAGGAGCUUCUGCGCCACCCAUCGCUUGCGGAAACUGACGCCGACCAUAGAGAAGCUUUUAGCCACAACCGCAAACGAAGUGUCGACCAGAUCAGCGGCGGUACCGGCGACAACCAGGGCACGCGCAAGGGACGCGCAUGUCUAGCCUGUCGAAAGCUCAAGGUCAAAUGCGACUCCCUCGAGCGUGGUGAUGCCGGGUGCUCGAGGUGUCAGCGGCUGGGCCUGGAAUGUGUAACUUCGAAGCGUCUGAGGAUCAGCCUGGAUGAUGACGGUAUUACGCAUCCAUCCUUUCUCAGGCUUGAGAGGGCGACAGAGGACAUCCUCGCCAAGCUCAAAAUGCCCGCUCUAGAAGCUUAUUCAGAGGUCCACCACAAACACGAGGACAAACACCAAGAACCUCUUUCAGUGGCACAGACUACACGCGACAACUCUUGUGAGCCCGAAAAUAAGGUUGAGCAGCAUGACAUUGCCGGUGCUCCUAUGGAAGGGCUUUUCGAAGCUACCCAAUUGAAUACGCUCCGUGCCAGAUUGCGUGGGGAUCCGAACAAGAAGAGUUCACGGCGGAAGCUGGAAGCAGAUCUAAUCUCCCAAGGCAUAAUUACUCUCGACGAAGCCGAGGAAAUGCUGCAGCUGUACAAGACUUCGCUCUCGCGCUAUCUUUACGACGCGACCAUCACAGAGGACCGCACUCUUUCCAGCGUCCGCGAAUCCUCAACCCUCUUCUUCACAGCCAUUAUGUCAGUGUCUUCGUUGCAUAUACCCGGUAAGGAGGACGUUCAUGCCUCGAUAACCAAGCAGCUCCGAGAUCUUAUCGCCUCUUCGAUGUUUGACCGAUUUCAUACGCUGGAGGAUAUACGUGCGCUUACCAUCGCUGCAUUUUGGCUACCUGACCUCAGCUGGAAACUUUCUGGGCACUGCGUACGCAUGGCUACUGAGCUCAACCUUCAUCAAGCAUUCUACAAGGCAUUCUAUUCAGCUAAGCAGACUUCUCAAGAGCGCAAACACGCUUUCGAAAAGGCUCGCCUCUGGUAUCUCUUGUAUGUACUCGAUCACCAUUUCUCGAUUGCCUAUGGUCGACCACCUGUCACUGCGGAGCUUCAAGCCAUCAAAGAAACGGAUGUCUUCCUGCGUGCGCCUGAGUGCAGUCAUUCAGAUCGCCGCGUCCUAUCACAGGUGACUCUGUUCGCGAUCCUCUCACGAGCUUAUAACGUCUUUGGUCUUGAAGCGGAGCGUCUUCUCGACGGCGACGACGUCACUCUCCUCACGCACGCACGAUUCAUCGAGGACCUCGAGCGAUGGCGCCAACAAUUCCGGCACUAUCUGCAGGUUGAUCCUCACGUGGGCGACUACCCUGCGAUCGGUGUUGAUCUCCACUACAACUUCGGCAGCAUGAUGCUCAACUCGCUAGCGCUACGGGGGCGGUCUCUGUCGUCCAUAAGCACGCUACCAUCGACAUUACGGCCACUAGCCCUGCAUGCCAUCGAAGCGGCCCAUCGGAUCCUUCAAAUUGUUCUGGAGAGACCCGAGAUCAAAGAGUCCCUGGUCGGCGUCCCACUGUACCUCCACACAAUGAUUGCAUUCGCGGUCGUCUUCCUGAUCAAAAUGUCGCCGCGCUGGCAUCUGAUUGGCGUCACGAUCGAUGUGGCCACCCGUACGAAGCCGUUGAUCGAGGCAAUAAUAGUAGAGAUGCGGACCGCGAAGGCGGGCGCGAAUCACAUCCUUUACAGCAUGGCUACCGGGUUCGAACGCCUGCUUCGACGCAGCAUGGGCACGAAUGGCGACCAUCACUCGCGACAAGGCCCGACGCUCCCACCAAUACUUACUGCCGAGCACGGUGGCCCAGCUCGACAUUAUUCCGCGCCCGUGUUGCCGACUGUUCGUCAGCAGGGUCAGGAUCAAUACCAGCAAAGUCCAGGGUUUGGAGGCCAACCCAAUUACGGCAUCAGUCCAUCGUCAGGCGCGACGUUCAGCGGUUGGGCGACUGAAGAUGACAUGCUUUGGAGCAUGGGCAUGGGUUACGAUCUGCUGGCCAACGCACCGGAUGCGAGCCUGAACAUGCCGAGCAGUUACGCGUUUGCGGACUUGAUGUACCCGCAGGGAUCAACGUGA